AGAACGAGGUUACAAAAGUGAAUAUAUUUAGAUCUGUCGGCGAUAACGUAACUAAAGUGAAACUUUUAUUUCUCAAAGUUUAGAAGCUAUUAGAUACCGUAUUGUGUGUUUAGGGGUUAAAGAAGAUAGCUGAAAGGAUUCUAUUUAUUUCUCUUGUCAACAUCGUGCACGACAUUCUCAAGGAAGCGGCAGAACCGAUUCUAAAGAUCAGCCUCGAACGAGUUGGGAUGCGUGCAGGCCGGUCAGAAUUGAGGAAAAUGGGUGAAAAGUAAGCCGAAACUGAAGAACUGUAGGAGCAGAAAUGGGUUGCACCUGUUGCAGAAAAUUGUUUGCUAGCGUGAGGAACAGAAGGUUUCUUUUAGGGGUAUUUGUGUUGUCAUUGGUUGUUGUUUUGUGGGUUGGCUCAUCGGAACUCACUAAGUACAUCUUUGGAAAUCUGGAUUUUGACAAGCCAUUCUUUACAACAUACACAAAAACAAUUCUUUUCAUGUUCUACUUUAUUGGUUUCCUUUUCUACAAACCAUGGCAGCUUCAAUGUGGUCUUUGCAUCAUGCAGACCGCACCUCUGCAUGUAAGAAAGCAGAAACAUUUUGGGAGAGAGGACCUGAAUGAAUCCUCAAAAAUAAACCCCACUAUUGGAUCUCUGAAUGGCUCAAAUUAUUCUUCAAGAUCAGCAUCACCUAUUCCUAAUCAGUUUCUGACUGAUCCAACUUUUGAAAACAUGACUGAUGAUGACAUGAGUUUGACUGGCAGUGAAAUGGACAUUGCUGACCAAGCAAGGAGGCAUGUUAGAUUCAACAGGACAAGAGAAAUCAGGCAUCUUACAGAAAAAGAUUCACAUGCUGCAAUGUUAGCAAGACUGUCCUAUUCAAGCAUUGAAGAUUUAGAGGAAGUUCUUAAUACUAUCAACUCUAGAGUUCCAUUUUCGGACACCAUCAGACUUGCUUUCGUUUUUUGUGUUUUGUGGAUGUGUGGAUCGUUCUUCUACCAAGCUGCUCUAGCACACACAUCUGCGGCAGCGACAAACAUACUAUCGUCAACAUCAGGCUUCUUUACUUUGAUACUGUCCUCAAUCUUUCAAAGCUCUGUUAUGGACAAAUUCUCAUUAUCAAAACUUGUUGCUGUUGCCGCCAGCAUUGGGGGAAUUACAUUAGUAUCGCUAUCAGAUCCAAGCAACCAUGGGAGCAUAAACGAAGGGGCGAUAUUUGCGUUGCUAUCAGCUCUGUGCUAUGCUUUGUACCUCGUGUUGCUUACUAGAAAGGUAGGCAAGGAAAAAACUUUGGACAUCCCUUUAUUUUUUGCUUUUGUUGGUCUUUUCGCUGCCCUUAUUUUCUGGCCUGCGUUUUUUAUCCUGCAUCACACUGGCGUAGAGAAGUUUGAAAUGCCUCCUAACAAUCAAACAUGGUUGUUCAUUGUUGUGAAUGGCAUUUUUGGUACUAUCCUUGCAGAACUUCUGUGGUUGUGGGGAUGUCUCCUAACCUCCUCUGUUAUUGGAACGUUGGCCUUGGGCCUUGUGACACCGCUUACAAUGCUUUGGGAUAUCUUAUUCAAUAAGAUGAAAUUUUCUUGGAUGUUUCUUGGCGGGACAAUUCCCGUUUUUCUCUCCUUCAUUGUCGUCACUAUAUUGGGCCAUUAUGGGGAUUGGGACCCAGUGAUGGAUGCCCUUAAAGCUUGCUGUAGAGUUUUUCGUCGAUGUGAGAAGGAGGAAAGUGUCCGAGAAAAUGAGGAACAAAGCGAGAGUCUUAUAGAAAACGAAGCUGGAUCUUUUGGCGAAGUCGAAAUCAAGCAGUCUUGACAUUUUAAUUGUUAAAAUGCAUUUUAAUUACAAACAAUCUCGGUGUAGAAUUUGUAAAUAAUCAUUUGUAAUUUUUAAUUGUUUGCUGUAUAGGUGAUUUAUUUGCAAGGUUUAUUUAAUUUUCUUAGAUAAGACUAUUUGUAAUGUGAUGAAAAAUGUUGUUUAAGUGCAAUGGUAGAAGUGCAGAUUGCAGUCAAAUUUGUAUUAAAAGGUUUAGAGCUAAUGUUUGCACUGGUCACCCCCCCCCCCCCCCCCCCUGCUUACUAUACAGGCUGGUAAAGGCCCUAUUACAUUCAUCGCAAUUAAUCUGCCUUCAUAUAUUUGACAAUCAUAGUAUUCACCCUUAUUUAUUGACAUAUGCCAAAAUGUCUAACAUCAGCCGCGUGAUAUUUUAAAUUUUAUAUGUUAAUUUUUGUGGUUCACGCCCAUACGCUUUCAUGAUCCAAGGGUGACUCCUUUUGCAAGUGGUGAGCCAACAAAAAGCUACAUAUUAUUGUAAAUUGUUACCAAAAACAAGACACGUCAACUCUUUCAUAUACUUCAUCAUGAAGUAACAUCAAGGCCUCAUUUACCCAGGGGUGUUGCAGAUGCUAAACUUGUAGGGGAAGGGGCUUAGUAUCGACCUUGCCUGGACAUUAUUCCGUCAAUGAGACAACUGCACAAAUGGAGCCUAAUAUGUGAUCAAUUUUGUCUGAUUAGGGGGGUUGCAUCCUUUCUCACCCCUUUAUCUUCUAUGCCUAUGCUUUUAUCGAUCUCUUAACUUUCGUUGAAGUAUGAUAUUGUGAAAGCGACAUUCACAACAAAUUAAAUGGUUCUUACCGGUUUUGAGCUAGUUUACAGGUCUCGUGAUAGAAAUAAGCUUUUAAUUAAUAGAAAAAGGGAAUUACGUUUAAAUCAUUAGUUAUAGUUAGACGUAGGUUAUUUAGAUACAAUUUUUCUGUAAAUAUUUGUCGGGUGAAAUGACUGAAAUUUUCAGUCACACUACCAAUCGUAAUAUAAAUAAAUCGCAAAAACCCGGUGAUGCAUUUCUUGUUUUUCAUACUUUCGUCAUUUUAUUGAAUAAUUUCAAGCUACUUAAAAAGUUAUUAAAGUGUAAGAAUCGUGAAAUCAACCAACAUAAAAGCAUAAUUUGUUAUGUAA